CACAGAGAGCGCUCUGCGGCCCAGUAAAAAUGCUUAUUUUAAAUUCGUUCGAAUAACAAGGCUUCUUGGCUAAUUUUAUACAUUUAUACAUUAUUAAACGUGUCAUUCGCAUUUCUGUUUAAAAUAACCACUGAAACAUGGCCAUUUCUGCAAUGCAAAUACUAGUUUGAUGCACCAAGAGAGUAAAUGAAAGCCGGAAGUGAGACGUCAUAACGCAAGAGGCGGGGCGAAUCAUCAGCGCGUAAACAUUCAGAAGAAAAAUCUGAUCAGGAUUAACUGUCAUAUAAAUACAGAAACAUGGGGUGAAUCGUUCAGAGACAGCACUCUAUAAUGAGCCGUUUUAUAAAUCAGUGUUUCAUAGAGGCGUCUGUCCACUUUCUCCUGCUUGUUAACAUUUAGUUUCAUUUUUAUAUUAAUAUUUACUUUUUGCCAUGGAUUACCUGCUGCAGGUCAAAGUGGGAGCGCUGGCUGGGCUGCUGUUCUUAACGCUGAUUUUUGGGUUCAUCCCAGCGCGGAUGAAAUGGUUUCAUGACUCAAGCGGAACAGCAAUACACAGGGCAGUGCUGAGUUUUGUGAGCUGUUUUGCGGGAGGAGUCUUCUUGUCUGCCUGUCUUUUAGACAUCAUCCCAGACUACCUGUCUGACAUACAAGAGGAACUACAAAUACAAGGCCUUGGUGAGGGCUUCCCUCUCGCUGAAUUCAUCAUGGCUUGUGGCUUCUUCACAGUCCUGAUCUUGGAAAAAAUAGUCCUCAGUUGCACAGAGGGAUGCAGAAAUGAGGAAAUGGCUCCUCUUUUAGCUCAUGAGGGCCACGGACAUGCUUAUGGACAUCGCUUGCUUAAUGACCUGGAGGGGAGUGGACACCACGUCCAUGUGGAUAUUCAUGCACACUCGUCCUUCCGUUCCUUCAUGCUCUUCCUGUCUCUCUCCCUCCACUCAGUGUUUGAGGGUUUGGCCAUUGGCUUGCAGACCACAGACACCAAGGUGCUAGAAAUCUGCAUCGCUAUAGUCAUCCACAAGAGCAUCAUCGUCUUCAGUCUGUCAGUUAAGCUGGUUCAGAGCACAGUCAAGCCCAUGUGGGUGGGUCUGUACAUAACGGUCUUCGCUGUGAUGUCUCCACUCGGCAUUGGCAUCGGCAUCAUAGUGAUGGAGGCUGGGCUGAAAUCCGGUGCUUUAAUACAGGCAGUGCUGGAGGGGCUGGCGGCUGGAACGUUUAUCUACAUCACUUUUCUAGAAAUCCUUCCUCAUGAACUGAACUCCCCUGAGAGGCCACUGCUCAAAGUUCUCUUCAUCCUGUGUGGGUUCUCAGUAAUGGCCAGCCUGUGUUUCCUGGGCUGAAAGACACUUUUAACUGAUGCCUCAAGGAGAUCACGCUCAGAUGAGACUUUUAAAACUGCAUGUGAUUUCAAGACAAUGAGUGACUUUGUUUGCUUUAAAAAAGAACAGAUAACCAUACAAAUGUGUAUUUUUAUUUUUAUUUUUUCAUUUUUACUUUUUACAGAUCAUUUCACAGUUUUUAAAGGUUCCUUUUUAAUUCCCCUUAAACUAUGGGAAAAAUUAUUUGACUGACAUAGAUUCUUGAGGAAUCUAACAUACAUACAAGUACUCAUGUUAACUUACUUGAACAGGAACGUUUCACCUUUAUUUAUUGUAUUUUUUUUUAACUGGAUGCAUUUUAAUGAUGAAAAACUGAAGUACUAUGUUUUCAUGCCACCGUUAUGGUUCUUUACCAGCAUAGCACUAACCAUUCUAACAUGUUUUGUAUUUGAUCAAACUGUUUCAUAUCAGUAUUCAUUCUCACAUGAUUUGUUCAUUAACUGACACUUUUUUGGUUUUAUGUUUCUGUAUUUAAUCAGUGACUUAAAGUUGGCGUGCCAUAUUUCCUGUAAAUUUUCAAGACAGUAAAUUUGCUGGCCAGCCAAAGGUUUGACUUAACAUGUGCAUUUUGGAAGUUUAGACUCCAGUUCAUUUUAUGAAACAUUUGAUAAGAUUCCAAAAUGUGCAAUGUGGUCGAAACAAAUAUUUUAUGUUCAUUAAAGAGCACAAAUUUAUAUUUUUCAUAAUCAUAUUAUUGUAUGAUUAUUUAUUGUAUCGAACGUAUUUGCAGCAUCAUUGCAAAUACCAUAUUUAGACUUUAGAUGCCUGACUGUUGCAGAGAAUGCACGCAAAGCUUUGACAAGCUGUUUGGAGAGAAAGAACAUUUUAAAAGUGUUGUUCUAUGGGAGAUCUUUAUUUUGCAUAAUGUCAUGAAUCUGCUGGCCUGUAGCCUGCUGGAUAUUAUUUACAGUAACUUUACCUCAAGAGAUCUCCUGUCUGGUCUUAGAGUUCCUCUGUAUUUGAAUUAUGAGGCAAUCUCCAAAGUAAAUCAUAUGAAAAAGCAAGAUUUAUUUGAGAAGGAACCUUAGGUGGUUUUGUUGUAUUGCACAGUACAGUAUUCAGAUUUUACAAUAUUAGUUUACUGUGUAAGAAUAAUAAAAAUGGGAUACUGUAGACAAAAUGUUUGAUAUUUUUUCUGUGAGGAAAUAUAGAAAUUUGCAAUCAAAUGAAACUGUCAUUGCCAUUAAUGUUGUACUUCCUAAAAACUGUACUGUACUGUCCAUGUUCUUAAGAAUUGCAUGACCUUUUUAUAAACAGCAGGAAAAUAAAAACUCUAAA